UCUUGUGUGUGACCCUUUAUUACAAUGAAUAUCAGAAGAAGUAAAUUUUAAUAGCGUGUUGUCGACGUACACAAUUUGGUAUACGCGGACUGUAAAUGCAAUACACAAAAUUAUCCCUGUAAAUACCUGUACAGUUAACCAUUGAAGAGGGGGGGCACGCGCAUGAAUUAAGCCAAGUAACUUUCAGGAAUCAGCCUUGUUAUUGUUCGUUCUGGCAAUAAGUGUGUGGGUCUUCGGCGUAAUGGCUGCAUCAACGGAGAAAUCGAGUAUCGCAGGGCACGAAGACAGGAUGAGAUGUUUUGUUUGCGAUGGAGCAGCGACUGGAAGAUACUAUAUUCUUGCUACUUGCAGAACACAGACAUCCAGGAUAAGAUUAAUUGAAAAGUUGGGUCAGCUUGUCGGUGAAAGGUACAUGGUAGUAAUAUCUGAGGAUGAUGUCAUUUGCCGUAGUUGCGCAAACCUCAUGAAUACUCUGGAUCGUUUGGAAACUGAGAUGGGAUCUGUUCGUAAUGUUGUACUUCGAUUUUUGGAGAAGAAAUAUGCUUUAGAAGAGGGAGAAUUGCUGAACAAUAAGACAUCAGGGGUACCGUUGCCUCAAGUAUCGUCAGCCUCAUCUUCGAGGAAAACAGCCCCAACUACAGAAAAUUUUAUGUCACGCAAAAGAAAAGCAGCUCUAGCUGAACUAGAAAGUGAACGUGAGAAUUCUAUAGAUGCUUUAACAGGCAAAAGAAUGAAGAAUGACCCUAAAAAAGAUAUUUGGAUGCAGUGUGACAAGUGCAAAUAUACCACAAACUUAAAUUCUUUUAUGAUAAAUCACAUUCGACAACAUGUGAAGAAGAAGCAGCCAGAUCUUUGUGAGUUCUGUGGCGGUGAAAUCAAAGCAGGGUCGUGUUCAAAUAAUUGUUCUCUCAAGAAAAGGACGGAAAUGCCACAAAGCAGCACUUCUGGUACAUCAGUUGUUGUACAGAAUUCUAGGCCUGUAUCAGCAAGUAGCAGCAACUUUUCCAGACAGGCAACAAAGCCAUUUUCUGACAAUAUGAAUCGUCCAUCAGAUUCAGAUGCAGAAACAGUUCAAAUGAUAGCUGCUGAAAUAAAUGAAUAUAUAACUGCUAGAAGUGCUGCUGCUGCAGCAGCAGCAGAAGCAGUUGUCACUUCUGCUGCCUCUGGUACACCCCAGCUGUCAGCCCAUAAACUGGAUUCUGUACAGCAAACAUUGCAAGAUAUUCCUCAUGCGCCAGAUGGUUCAUCACAGAUCUCUGUUGGUAAUGUCUCAGAGAUGCAAAGAAUUGAGACAACUCUCAACACUGUGGCAAUGAAUGGUGGUGAUAGUUUACGAAUGGACGCUGCAAGUUUAACACAGAAUCAUGGAAUUUCUGUGCCUGGGGAACAUAUGCAAAAUGGAAAUGGUGGAAAUUCAGCUCCUACAGCCAUAUGUGUUAUGAACAUGUCCGAACAAAAUUCUGCCGUUGAACAGACAUUGCUAGUGCAGAAUAUGAAUGACGAUAAUAAUGCUGUAUAUGUGCAGGUAGUGGAAGUGGGGAAGGGUGAUGAAGUGCAUGACACAUCAAAUAUGCCAAAGCAGGUUCUGACUGUUGCAGAUGAUGGGACAGUGGAGAUGGUGGAAGUCAUGUGGAAUGAAAUGGUUUCUUCACACGUUUCUUCAGGACAAGAUGUUCAGUUCUAGGUGGAAUGAGUUGAGUUGAUGUCAGACACAUUUUAUCAAUUGUUGAUAGCUUAUUGGCCAUUGUGUUCAUUAGUGUCCCAAUAUAAAAAAAGUUACUUGAUCAGUUCUUGUUUUAAUUUAGUAAUGUUAUUGAUUGAAAUGUUUUGUUUAUUUAUUAUAAACAGAAGAAAUGAAAUGAAGUUAUGUUCAAGGCGAGUGAAGCUGUGUGUGUGUGUGUGUGUGUGUGUGUGUGUACAAUUAUAUAUUGGCAGCAACAGCGGGUAUACAAUUGUUUACCAAGUAAACUUCACAUUCCUUUUGUGGAUGUUCACCACUGUGGUUCCCUGUGUUUGUAUUAUUGAUUGUUGUGGACACUUAAGACAAGUACAAGUGUUUGAUUCUUGAUGACAACUGCACAAUUUUUGCUUGAUAUGUUUCCAGAAAGAGCAGUGAGCCCAAGGCACUGUUGUGCAGUUAAGACUUCAUCUUAAUCUUGUCAUUACAGGUUUGCUCUCAUUGUGAUAUUGACUGUUUUCUUUAAUAAAUAAAUUGAUUAUAUUUUGUAAA